AUGAGUGCACCCGGAGGAUGCGAGGUUAGAAUCCAUUUAAUUCUCGUUUCCUGCUCCAGUUUUCAUGGCAUUAUCCUUGCGCAACCUCCGCCCGAAUGGCGGCCACGGCCACGGCCACCUUUUCGUCCUCGAGUAGCAGUCUCUGCCGUCAUGAAUAUCCUUCUACAAAAUGAAAGUUUUCGUCGCUGGAUAGAGGAUAAAAUUCUUCAAUCCACAAAACUGGUAAUAGAACUGCUAAUCCCAACCUCACCUAGAAGAGCACCAUCCCUCGCGUUUGUUGACCAGAAGUGCCAGCGAAGUAUUGAAUGGGAAAGAGGCGAGUAA